UAUUUAAAUGCUUGUCAGAAUCGAGUCUCCGCGGAGAGCACAGUCGUACUACAUUAACUAGUGUCACGUACCGCUCAAAGCAUACGCAUCGAUACCGACUUCUCAUAGCCCAUUCGAGCGAUUUCACAACUCUAUAACUAUGGGCGCUAAAGAGAGCGUGGAGGCUGCUAAAUUUUCUGCGCAAAAUUGGAACAAUUUCGAGCAUGGCGUUGUGAAACAUCACUAUAGGCACGGAACCCAGCGCUCGCAGAGCCUUAACCGCGGCCACUCGUUGUCGCGCACUGAUGGCACCUGGUGACAUCACGGGACCGCGGGCAGCAUAGUGCAGUGCGCCGAGUGCGGCACGCGCACGAUGGGCAACAAGUUGUCGUCGUGCUCCUGCGCGCCCAUCCUCCGCAAGGCGUACCGCUAUGAAGACAGCCCGUGGCAGAACUCCCGACGACGUGACGGACACUUAUUAAGACUUUGGGCGGAGGUGUUCCACGUGUCCGCAAGCGGCGCGGGCACUGUGAAGUGGCAGCAGGUAUCGGAGGACCUGGUGCCUGUCAACAUCACCUGCAUACAGGACUCGCCCGAGUGCGUGUUCCACAUCACGGCCUACAACUCACAGGUCGACAAGAUCCUCGACGUUAGACUACUGCAGCCAGGUACCCGCAUCGGACAAGCGUCGGAAUGCUUCGUAUACUGGAAGGACCCCAUGACUAACGACACUUGGGGAUUGAACUUUACUUCUCCCAUUGAUGCCAAACAAUUUAGAGAGUGUUGUUCACCAUCAUUCAAGUUUUCGCGCAAAGCGUCUUCGAGUUACAGCCUAAAAUUAGAACCACCAGGAAGCAAGCAGAAGUUCAAAACUAAAAGGAAACCAGUCUCCACACCAGCCAGUCCCAAUCGCUCAAGCUUGACCUAUGGCCGUGAGCCGCAAUGUACCUGCAUGUCCCAAGAGCAAUAUGCCAGAUUAAGAGCUCAAGAUCCGCGAUACCGUUCAUCAACUCUGCCGCGUACAACGACUCGCGCUAUAGAAACUGACGCAGCUGCUGCGGGCACCGCUAAUAGAUCCGAAAAGGUCGCCGCUGCCACCUCUUCGACUUCGCUGUACGACAAUGUCGCUAAUUCACAACCGACUCAGCCACCGCCUAAACCCUCUACAGCACCGAAGACUGUCACCGCCUCUGUAGGCACACACGGCACUAAUACAUCUGAGGAGUCACAAGGAGCUUCUGGGUCGAGCCAGCACAAUCAAGAUCUCAAAUCGGAGGGAGUGCAGGCCGGGGGUACACUUACAACUUCCAAGUCCUCCUCGACUUCCACACGCUCUAACAAGGAACAUUUGCAGCAUAUGCCUAAGAGCGUUGACUACGGAGACGGCAAUGAAUCCUCACGUGAGUCGGAGAAACACGCUAUGCAUCAUCACAACGUUAUUAAUAACAAUACUUCGGGAUCACGUCGCACUAAGUCUAAGAGCACUGAAGACAUGAAUAUGGAUUCGAGUACUCUGAAACGAAUGCUGAAGCCAAUGCCUUCAACCGAGAGUCCCGUGACGUCGCCGGAGAUGGGCCGACGUCGGUACGGCGCCGCUUGCCCGCCGACCUGCUCGCACGCGCAUGCGCACCGCCCACACCCACAUCCACAUGCACACCCGCACUACUCGCAUGUCAACAACAACAGCCGGCAGAGCUCGCAACGCCGUGGCGUUGGAGUGGGCGCAGCUCCCAGCGGAUACCCGGGUCGCGGGCUGUAUCUGGAGCUGGGCGGGGGUGAACGCGACCUGUCACCGCCCUCGGACAAUGUGAUGUUCGACAACCAGUGCUACGCCACUACGCCAUCCUCGUCAAAUGGCAACUCCGACCAGGAGCCGUGCCAGCGCAGAGAUCCUCGAAUGCAUCAUCAUCCGCAGCAGAAGCCGUGUCUGUCGCGGCAAGCAUCCCAGUCGAGCGCAACACCCGCGCCCGGGUCUCCCACUUCGCGACUUCUGCUCGAGUACGAGAUGCACUUGCGCAACACGCUUGCCAAAGGCAUGGAUGCUGAGAGUUACAGCCUGCAUACAUUCGAAGCUCUACUCAGUCAGAGUAUGGAAGAUCUGGAAUACAACGACAACAUGCCGCCUUCAAAUCAACGAAGCCCAUAUCCACCGCGCAGACGCCCUGCUUCUCAAUGUUCGGGCGGUGGUAGUCGAUCCUCCACUCUGCCGCUCCCGCAUCGCCUCGGCGUCGAACGGCAGCACAGCGCCAGAUCUGACCGAGAUGGAUAUUAUAGCGACCGUAACGAGCUAAUGCGCGAGAGGGAAAGGGAGAGGGAGAGGGAGCGCGGGUACCUCAGCGAUCAUAACACAAGGGACCGCAAUCGGGACCGUGAUCAAGGAUACUUGAGCGAUCAUCAAUCAAGCUUCGUGAGUGCAUCGCGUUGUGCGUCGUGUAUUGGGGAGUCGGCCCGUUCGGCAUGGUACCGGCACUCUGACGGGUGGCGUGGACAACCGCCGCCUCGCCGCUCACCCUGGGACUCCCUACCCAGCCUGCGACAUGAGGGCAGCCUCAACGACUCCGGCUACAGAAGCAAUAGAGCUGACAGCUUUGAACAAAGGGGAGUAUUCGAUCGUCAAGACAGCGUUCGCUCGGAGUACGCCAGCGAUCGAGAGUCCACGCGCUACGGCAUCGUGCAGCAGGCCUCCGUUGACAGCACCGAUUCCAGGAUCUGCUAUCUCACUUCCAGCGAGAUAUCGGAUGAUGAUCGCAUGUCACUGACGACUGCGGUAUCAGACGAAGAAGAAGCCGGUGAGAGCGCGAUGAACUCUCCUUACAAAGGCAAGCAGACUGGCGCCGCGGCGGCGUCCUUCAACUGCACUGGCGCCGUGAGAAAAGCGGGAUUCCUGAGCGUGAAGAAGUGGUUGCUACGUAAAAAACAUCAGAUCGAAUUGGCACGGAAACGAGGCUGGAAGGGAUAUUGGGUUUGCCUGAAGGGCACCACUCUUCUAUUUUAUCCGUGCGAUUCCCGAGAGGGUCGGUCCGUAGAGGCCGCUCCAAAGCACCUUAUUAUAGUCGACGGCGCCAUAAUGCAGCCCAUACCCGAGCAUCCGAAGCGCGAUUACAUAUUUUGCCUGAGUACAGCGUUCGGCGACGCUUACCUAUUCCAAGCUCCGUGCCAAGUCGAGCUCGAGAACUGGGUGAAUAGCAUACACAGUGCAUGCGCCGCGGCGUUUGCGCGCCACCGCGGCAAAACCGGCACACUCCAUUUGCUGCAGGAGGAAAUAUAUCGUCUCGAGAAAGCUAUAGAGUCCGAUCAUAAACUGAAGCAAAUGGCAGACCUGCAGCAGUCAGUUGUGUCGGACCCGGAGACGCGGGCGCAGCUAGCGGUACAGAUGCUGCAGUGGGAGGAGAACCUGGAACGCCUGCACUGCGAGCAGUUCCGCCUGCGCUGCUACAUGGCCAGCCUGCAGAGCGGCGAGUUACCCAACCCUAAGUCGCUGUUGACGCACGUGUCGCGCGGCACAAAGAGCACGUUGAACAAGCUUGGCGUGUUCACGGUGUCAUCGUUCCACGCGUUCAUCUGCGCGCGCUCGCCUUCGCUACUCAACAACCUACUCGCCGGUCGCGGUGCCACCAAACGUCGGGCUCCCAACCUCUCCCGCUCCAACUCCGGCUCCAGUCGACGCUCCAUGCAGAUGUCGCGUGAGGAAAGCGAGGCUGCGGUACGGGUGUCUCUCCCAGAGGGCACCACUGCUACGGUGGGUGUGAGGGAAGGGAUGUCAGUGGAGGAGUUCCUAGUGGCCGCCUGCGCCCGACGCUCCCUCAACGCCCUGGAACACUUCGUGCGCGUCAAGAAGCGACGUGAUAUGGAAGACCACAACUACUUCGUGCCACACCGCAGUGAUCUCAUCGAAACUUACUUGCAUACUCACGAAGUGGUAGAAGUAUGUGCGAAGAUCCUGUACCAAGUGGAACUGCAGCGCAACACGCUGGAACAGAUGUGGGGCUUCAGUGUGGAGGCUGAGCUGAUAGAGAACGCGGAGAGACAGGACGAACUCUGUUGCUAUGUCAGCCGCGUUGAAGACAAGAGCGUUGCCAUGCAGAACGGAAUAAUUAAAGGCGACGAGAUAAUGGUGAUCAACGGAGCGAUCGUGUCCGACCUAGAUAUGAUGUACUUGGAGAGCGUCCUGCAGGAGGAACUUUCUCUCGUCAUGAUGAUGCGGUCGUCACGUACUGAGCCGCCGGAACUGAGUGGUGUGAUGCGCGCGGCGACGGACGACAUAAUAGACUCGUUGGUGUGUCCGCCGCCUCCCAGCGAGCCGCCCGUCAUCUCCGACGACAUGAUAUCCGGACUCAUCGUGCCCGCGCCCGCUUGGAGUAAAGAACUAUAUAGUCCUGAAACGGAUGCACAUGGUGGUGAUUCUGCGAAUACUGGACCUCCGAAAGUCAGCUCUAGAACUAACUCAUUCGAAAUAGAGAAUCUUCUUAAGAGUGCCGAGCAAGUGACUGGAUGGUGUCGGUCGCCGGCAGACACGCGACGUGGCAGCCCCACUGGCAGUCUGGCCAGCGCUGCCGCAACUCCAUCACGACAUCUCUCUGACGCCGACAAGUUGCGCAAAGUGUUGCUCGAGCUGGUUGACACUGAGCGUGCUUAUGUUAAGCACCUAAACAAUUUGUUGGAAAAUUACUUGGAACCGUUGAAGAAGGAAACUUUUUUAUCGAACGCCGAAAUCAAUGCUCUCUUCGGAAAUAUUCAGGAGAUCGUGACUUUCCAAAGACAAUUCUUGCAAAAUUUAGAAGAAGCUCUCGAGGCUGAGCCUAACUUCCAUCAUUUCGAAUUCUCAAAUCAAUUCAAGAAUGCCCUCUUUGCCGUAGGAAAUGCAUUCCUAUAUUACGUUAAUCAUUUCAAGCUAUACAGCUCGUUCUGCGCAAGUCACAGCAAGGCUCAGAAAGUUUUGCAUCCGAAUGAGGGUAAUCAAGCUUUACAAGAGUUCUUAGCAGCGCGCAACCCCAAGCAACAACACUCCUCGACUUUGGAGUCUUACUUAAUUAAACCGAUUCAGCGGAUACUCAAAUAUCCAUUAUUACUGCAACAACUUAGAAAUUUGACUGACGUUAAUUCUGAGGAACAUCUUCAUUUAGUAGAGGCAUUAAAAGGAAUGGAAAAAGUCGCUGAACAUAUAAACGAAAUGCAACGAAUUCAUGAAGAAUAUGGUGCUAUAUUUGAUCAUUUGUUUAGGCAACAUCAGAAGUCUUGCAAACAACCUAUAGAUCUCAGCCCUGGUGAUUUGUUAUACUAUGGCGGUGUAGAAUGGUUGAAUAUAUCCGAUUUCUUGGGAAAAAUUAAGAAAGGCUUGGAAUUGCACGCCAUGUGUUUCGUAUUCAAAUCCGCAGUUGUUUUCCUCUGCAAAGAAAGACUGAGACAGAAGAAAAAGUUGAUGGGAGUUUCCUCUAAGAAUAAUUCUAAUGAGGUGGAGAUAAUAAGGUACCAGGUUUUGAUUCCGGUGACCGAGGUGCAGGUCCGCGCGUCAUCUGCAAAGGACAUGGACAGCCACUUUCUCUGGGAGCUCAUUCAUCUGCGCAGCCAGCUGCAGCGCCGCUCGGAGAAAGUCUAUGUACUCUCUAAUAGCACGGCAGACUUCCGCAACGCUUUCCUGAAGACGAUCCGUCAGAUAAUUCGCGAGUCGGUCCGCAACAUGUCGCUGCCGAGCUCUCGGCCCGCGCCUACUCCUCCGCGCGCCCCGCACACCAUCGAGCGCGACCGUGAUCGCUCCAAGCACCAGGUGCAUGUAAUGCAAGGUUCGCAGACUCUUGGAAAAACAAAGAAACCUAAAACUUCUGGACAACGUUUAUCAGCUGGCAAUAUUGAGGUAGGAGACCUGUCACGAGAGAACUCUCAAGACGCCGAUGAGCCCCCGCAAGAUGUUUCCUCAGACGAGCCUACAUUCAGGACCCGAAGCAAGACUGUGAACGAUUCUUCUGACAGCAGCAGUAAGCGCACGCUGCCCCCGCCGCCUCCGACUACAGACACAGACAGGUCGACGGAGCAGGGCUCCACGGAGCCCGGUUCCAAGUCGGAGGGCGAGGACGAGCCACCGCCGCCGCCCGCCAAGCGAGGGUUAGGCAGAACUCCCAACCACCUCACCCUAAGCACGACUUCGACUUUGAGCGCCGGCAGCACCGGCAGCCAGGCGCGCCUCAUCCAGUCUUCCCACCAGCCCACUCAGUACCAGCCGACUAUGGUCAAAGAACUAGGUAAGCGGGAGUCGCAUUCUCUGAAAUCGUCCCCGGAGCGCAAAAGUUCUACGUGUUCGACGGACAAAAAGAUUAAAGUGAUCCGUUCUGGCAGCGGGAGUAGCAUCAACAGAGAUAGAUCUCCGAAUAGGACUAUGGAUCAGUCCCCUGACAGAGAUCGCGUCACCAAAGUUAUUAUUUGCAAAUCUCCAAAUAAAUCUAGUCUUAAACAAACCAAAUCUCUUCAAAAAUCCCCGAGAGGUAGUUUCGAUCAGAGUAAAUCCCCGCGAGACUCAAUGGACAAGUCGCGGUCGCCGCAGCAGAGCUUCGAUGGUGCACGCUCGCCUCGCGGGAGCAUCAUGAAGUCGCGUGAAAACAGCGUAGAUAGAGCGAAGUCGCCCAAACCCGGCCCAAAGAAGGGUAUUAUGCGGACUCCACAGGCCAGUUUUGACAGAUCUCCGUGCAAGUCGCCCAACGUUAGCCGACGGUCGUCCAGAUCUAGUGGCGAAAAGCUUGCCAGAAUCGGUACCAAUUCACUAGAUAGAGUAACGCAUUAUUCCCAGUUGGCCAAAGCAGAAGACAAAGCUAUGAAAAUGGGCAUUGUUGUAUCUAAAUCAACGGAAUCGAUCGCUAAAACCAUCGAACAUCCUACUUGCGUACAGUGCUAUCUCUCGGGGAAAAAGCAGAGUAAAAAUUCCUAGCAUAAGGGGAAGGGCAAGGUCCCAAAAUCCCGUAGAAAAUCCAUGACGUCUCAAUCGAUUCUCGUAACAUCCGACCGCAGCAGCGUCGAAACUCUAGACGGCAUGAGCCACGAGCGCGGGACUUGCCCUUCCUUCAAACACACCCCGGACAGAAGCGAAUUCAAUCAAA